AGCUGGUGAAUUAGAGUAUGCUCCAGACACAAAAAACCUUAAAAAUGUAUUAAGAGAGGAUGCAGCAACUACACUGUUGUCUCAGUGUUGCUCCAACUACAAGUACAAGCACAUUUGUAAAAGACACCUCUGGCUUCUUCCAUGCAUAUGAUCAUCCCCUCACUUAUUUUUCAGGUGCAGCAGACUGCACACCAUGUCCACAAGAGUACUGGUCCAGUGACAGAAAAGAUGAGUGCAUUCCUAAAUCAGUUGAAUACCUGACAUACCACGAGCCCAUGGGGAUAGCUAUCACAGCUGUGUCCCUGCUGGGAGCCUUCUUGUCCCUGGCCACAGUGAUGGUUUUUAUCCAGUACAGAAAAACCCCAGUGAUAAAGGCCAGCAACUCUGAGCUCAGCUGUUUCCUGUUGUUUUCACUUUUCCUGUGUUUUCUCUGUCCACUCACUUUCAUUGGCAGACCUACAGUGUGGACAUGCAUGCUCCGCCACACAGCUUUUGGUGUGACAUUUGCACUCUGUAUUUCCUGUGUCUUGGGAAAAACUAUUGUUGUUGUUACAGCUUUCAAAGCCACAAUUCCAGGCAACAAAGUUGCAGGAAGGUUUGGACCCACACAACAAAGAUUAAUUGUUUGCUCCUGCACUUUAAUUCAGAUUGUAAUAUGUAUCUUGUGGCUUAAGUUAAAUCCUCCUUUCCCAGACAUGGAUUUUAGAUACAGCAAUAGGAAGAUUGUGUUAGAAUGUAACACAGGGUCAGAGGCUGCUUUCUAUGCAGUGUUGGGUUAUAUAGGAAUCCUUGCAAUCAUUUGUCUGGCCCUGGCAUUUUUAGCAAGAAAGUUGCCAGAUAACUUUAAUGAAGCUAAAUUUAUCACAUUCAGCAUGUUGAUAUUCUGUGCGGUCUGGAUCACCUUCAUUCCAGCAUACGUUAGCUCUCCUGGGAAGUUUACUGCAGCUGUGGAAACAUUUGCAAUUUUGUCCUCUGCAUUUGGUCUGUUAAUGUGUAUAUUUGCCCCAAAAUGCUACAUAAUAUUGAUCAAACCAGAGAAAAAUACCAAGAAACAUGUCAUGACAAAAAAAAUACAACAACAAAAUGUGACUUCUUAGUUAUAAAACAUGAUGAUACUGUUAAAAUGCUGGGGAGGAACUUCCAGGAGUCACGUUUUGUUGGUUACGGGUGCAGUUUAAAUGGCAUAUGUCAAACCAAAGUCAAGGAAAGCCAUUAGUGUAAUGACAUUGUCAUGUUCAGCUCAGGUAAUUAUCAAAACACAUCAAGUCAGUAGCAACUGGACUUGAAAUUUUCAUCACCAGUGUUUGUUUUUUAAAAGGGUUCAAUGUGACCAUGCCAUUACAAAAUUACUGUUGAAUAAAAGUUGAAGGCAAAAACUGUCAUAUGAAAUAA